GUGUGUGGUCACCACCAAUGGCCUCACACAACGUGAAAUUUUUUCUACCAUCAAUUCGUAAUUCGCAUCUGUCAACGGGUGACAAACUUGAAAAAUGGAGUCAGAAGAUGAGGAACUCCUCCAACUGAGCAUUCUUCGCACGGAGAAUCCGAGCCUCUACAAGAUCCUCCUAGACAGUCUCCUUGCGAACCACUACGCGGUCUUCAAGAGUCUCCUGCAGAGGGGCCUGCAGAAGCACCCUCCCAGCAUCAGCAUAGAUCACCGCUACCCCUACCCCACCAAUAAAACCCUCCUGGACGUGGCCAGCAGCGAAGGUCGCCCGGACUUUGUUAAACUCCUCCUCGACUUUGGCGCGUCCCCAAACCGUAUAAACGAAUCCCACAACCGCGCCCCAAUCCACUUCGCCGCGGAAUCAGGUCACCAUGACGUCAUCCUCGCCCUCCUCGACGAUCCAAGGACGAACCCGAAUUUGGAGGUGGGCCGGGAAACUGCCCUUCACUUUGCCGUGAAAAAUAAGCAUCUCAAGUGUGCCAAGGUCCUCCUGGAGAACAAUUCCAGUCCAAAUGUGCCGAACAACAGGGGGAUAACGGCCCUCCAUUCGGCGGCAACGGCCUCCAACCGAGAGAUGGUGGAGACAAUCCUGAAUCACUCGAGACUUUCCCCGGACGUUGAUACCUUCCGCGACUUUCGAAAGCGAUCGGCCCGGCAAAUUCUCAACGACAAGUUUCCGGAUCUGUCUCUCCCUCCUCCGGGCGGGGAGAAGCCCGUGGACUUCAACACCUUGAGAUUCUAUCUGGACGCCAACGACGAGCAUCACUUCCUGGAGAAGCUAAAGUCCGUGGCAGAGGAGGGCACCCAGUCGGGGAGACUGGAGGGCGAGGACAAGUUGAUUGUCAUAGCAGCCGAGAGAAACCUCAAGACAGCUGUAACCGAGCUCCUACGACGAAUAAGGGAGGUAGGCAGCGUUCCCCGAGCAGCUCUGGAAGCGGCUGUGAGAAGGGGCCACCACGACAUUCUCGGUGACUUGUUGAGGAGCGGAGUUAAAAUAGACAACGAGGUGUUGAUGAUAGCCUGCCAGCAGCUCGGAGUGCCCUGCAGGUUUGGCGUCGAGCAACAGUCGAGGAUAAAGUGCCUGAGGCUUCUUCUGGAGCAGCCGGACGUGCAAGUGCGAAUAGAAGACGAAAAGGGCAACUGUCCCCUGCACUAUGCAGCUAGAGCAGAGGAUCCCGAGGCGGUGGAGCUCCUCCUGAAGGCCGGCAGCUUUAUAGGUCACGCUAACGCCUUCGGUGUCCCCCCUAUUGCCCACAUCUCCCCGAAAGUUCUGGAGGACCACCUGGACUCGUGCUUGAGAAGCAAAAGUGAUAGAACUGACGACUACGAGAUUGAGUUCGAUUACAAGUGCCUCAUGCCGCAUGCGCACUCGGUGGCCAGCAGUUUCGAGGAGACCAGCCAAACUCUCCUCCCCAAGCGUCGGUCGGACGGUUGGAUGUACUCAUCCAACAUCGCCGAGAUGGAGACGUUGUCAUACAUAUCUAAGAGCUCUUCGUUGAAGCAUCUCCUCAAGCAUCCCAUUGUCGCCUCCUUCCUCCACCUCAAGUGGCACAGUAUACGACACAUCCUCUACGCCAACUUGGCUUUCUACGUCUUCUUCUACAUUUUCAUCAAUUGCUACAUUCUCGUACUCAACUACAAGCCAACGAGCCUACUGGAGGACGUGAGCGUCAACUCGUCGACAAUUGUUCUUCUGAGGAGCGAAGGACAGCUGGACGGCCUCUGGAGCCUCACAGCCAUUUUUCUGGUGGGUCUGACGAUCCGCGAAGUCCUUCAGCUGUUAUCGUCGCCCAAGCACUACAUCGUGAGCUUUGAGAACUGUCUCGAGGUGAUUCUGAUAUUUCUGGCAGCUGCGGUUCUCGCUGGGGCGGGCCGACAGGUCGGGGCACUUGUUAUUCUCCUGUCUGCCUGGGAGCUCGUCAUCCUCAUUGGACAGCACCCCAAAAUGUCGACGGGCAUCGAAAUGUUCAAGACUGUGACCUGGAACUUUGUCAAGUUUCUCUUUCUCUAUGCGUUCUUGAUCCUAGCUUUUGCCCUGGCGUUCGUCACUCUCUUCAAGGACAUCGGGGAUGACAAUUUCUCGGAUCCAGGGCACGCUCUCUUCAAGACCAUUAUCAUGCUCACUGGGGAGUUCGAUGCCUCGGACAUUCCCUUUGUGUCUAGACCGGGGUUGAGUCACGCCAUCUUCAUUCUCUUUGUCUUCCUGAUUGCCAUUGUUUUAUUUAAUCUCUUGAAUGGGCUUGCGGUAAGUGACACUGCUGAUAUCCUCGGCAAGGCCGAGCUCGUUGGCCUCAUCUCCAGGACUGAACUCGUCGCCUAUGCGGAGAGAGUGGCGGUGGGCACCAGGUUCAGCUCCAGCUCCAGCUCCAGCUCCAGGAGGUCAUGUUUGUGUCCGUGUCCUACGUGUCCGAGCAAGGGGGUGGAUUUUUUGGGAUUCGUCAGGAGGAGGUUGCUGCUGUUUUCUAGGCAUCUGGUGCUUGGCAAACUCGGGGUCAAACCUUACAAGGGCAAUUACAUCACGUUCCAGGGGGUCGAGGCGGGGAAGAUGAGAGGCUGCAGGGGGUUGACUAUGGAUUCUCUGAUCGUUAACAGGGCGAGGGAUAUCCUGAGGAACAGGAGUAAAGUCAGUGAGUAUCAGACGGUGAUGGCGGAAUUGGAGAUCAUCAGGAGCUGGUUAAUGAGACUGGAGGGGAACUUGAAAGCAGUUUCGAGGGGGGCAGAGGAGGAAACUGAGGGGAUUUAAACUGAGGGGUUGCUCAUUUUUCAUUUAAUACUUUUGGUUUUAACGACUUUGACUUUGAAGAUUUUGACUGUCCCAGAUUAAUCUUUAUUAAGAAAAAUAUACUCAUUUGCGUUUAGUGGCAUUUGUUAAUGAGUGAUAAGCAGAUCAGAGUUUUAAUUACACUCUCCCCUCUCUCAAACUUUUAUUUAAAAAAUUCAUCAUUUCACUUUCAUUUACAUCAGAUAUUUAAUCAUUUGUAGAGGAGUUUGAAGAAGAUUUCGAGGGGGCAGAGGUGGAGAAUGGUGAGGAACUGAUGAGGCUUCAAUUCAUUCAACUAUUCAUAUUCAAAAAAAUAAUCUUAAUCAUUGUUAUCAUACACAAUUUUAAGUUUGAGAGCAUUGAUAUGACGUCAAAAGUAUGAUCAUAAUCUGCUGAUUAAAUGGUGCAGAUUAAUCUUCAUUCAAAAAAAUAGACGCAAUUGCGUUGAUUUGUACGUCGUUAACGAGUGAUAAGCAGAUCAGAAUUUUUCUUAAUUACAUUUUUCCAUUUUUUCAACUUUUACUUUUGUCUUCUUUUUGUUUCAUUUGUUUAUUUUCAUUCGUAUCGUUCAUCAGCCUGACACAUCCUGCGGAUGAGUCGUCUUCUCUGCAUUCCGUCGGACCAGAAUAUCAGUGUAGAACAAAUUAAAGUCCAAUCUGAAAUGAGGCAAUAUGAUAAUUUCAUCGAGAGCAUUUAAUUCAAUAAGUUUUACUAAUAAUGUUUUAAUGUUUGUAGAGAUUGAAAUAAAAUGACUGAAGUAUUACCUGCAUAGUACAUUCAAUAGCUUCUCAUUGUUGUUGUCACAGCCUAGAUCACAGAUUCUGUUCAAUAAACGAGUUAAUACUUCUGUGAAUUUGGCAUCCAACGAUUCAAUUGUCUCCUCAAAGCUGCCGCUAGUGUUGCUGGGCUUUGUUUUGUGCUCCUGAUGAGUAAAUUUACUCAUUAAUAAUUCCAUCAAAUAAUUCAAGUACGAAAAAAUUUAAUAGAAAAUUCUACUAGAAUUUUAUUACAAUUCCCAUUCAUUUCUUGUCAAUUCAAACUUGCAAAGAAGUUGCAAGUUUAAUUUUUUAUACUGAAUAUUUUCUAUUUUUGAUAUUUUCAUUCCAACUACGUAUGAAUCGAUUUCUCUACUAGAUUUUUUCGUACGUAUUAUAUCCAAUUGAAUAGUUGAAAAAAAAUAUAUCCUAUACAUAUAUAAAAGAGUCAGUAAGAAUGAACAAUGCUUGUGGUUUUUAAUGCAACACAAGCAAUAGAAAAAAUUUCAGUAAUUCGAUCAAUUCCAUCCAUUCAAACAUUUCCAUAAUGCUAUGCUUACCUGUUGUAUUCGAGAUUCAUUAGGAAAUUUAGUGUAAUAAGAAACAUUCUGACCAGGCAAAGGACCAAUACAUUCUGACUCAUCAGGAUAACAAUGAAUUAGUGAUUGAAUCAAACAUACACGAGGAUAAAAAUUCUAAAUAAUGAGCAUAAUCUUUUCAUUAUAAUUCUCAAUGUCAUCAUUAUUAUCGUGUAAAAAUACAUGCGAGUAAAUAUAUAGAACUAUUCUAAUGUUUGUAUGCAAGCUCUGAUGCUACUAUUCUAUCUCUAAUGCACGUUAACAUGAAAAACUUGAAAUUCCUGGUAAUACCUCGUGUUCAUAGUGUUCUUGGUGAUGUUCGUCGAUCAUGGAUGUCAAUUCUGCGUCAAUGUAAUAUCGGCUCAUA